AUGAGUCAAUUCUUUAAAAUAACCGAUCAAUAUACUUAUUUCUUCAAUCUAUGUAUAAGCAACAAGGUAUUGGUUUGUUGCUUAGGUGUUGGUCAACUGAUUGUCGCUGCAUUUUCGCUUGCCCAACAUUUUGUUUCUAUUGUACAAUUUGGUAAAAUAUUUAAAUGCUCAUUUAAUGAGUCCAUACAUGGCAACAAUGAUCCUGGCAGGAACUUUCUCAGUUAUGAUACGAUUAUCUUUGAUUUCGGUUUAUUCCACGAACUUAUUAAAGUUGAAGAAUGUGUAGCAAAUUAUGUAGACGGUGGUUACAUGCGUUGCUUAUGGUGUAUUGGACAAAUGGUAGCGCUAAUUAUAGCAUUGUUCAGUAUUUUGCUUAUACCUAAUGCGCAUCCUGUUUAUCUUUGGCCACUUCUUGUCGCUCAAAAUGCUUAUUGCUUCGGUUUGGUAAUUUUGACGAUAGCAACAGCAGAUAAACUUUUAACGAGCAUUUUACACCCUGUUAACGGCCAUUUAAUACUACUUGUUGUUGCUUUUUUAACUGGUACUUCAGCAAAUUACUUAUUCGAUUAUAUUUUAUGGCAUUAUUAUUGGUAUCAGGAAACGGAAUAUAUUAAACGAACAGGAUUACCUGUUGUACCCUUCUGGAUGUGA